UCUUCUUUUUUAUUUUACAGUUAAAUAUUCAAUUAUGUCAGACUGGAGUGGUUUUACAGAAGAAGAAUUACAAAGACUGAAGCUGGAAAAUGAUCCGAAUCUUCCACAAGAUAUAAAUAAGAAAAAAAAUAUUACCACUAAGAAUUCCAAUGCAUUGCGUGAAGCUAAAAAAAGAUCUAUACCUCAGUGGCCAAAGCAGAUAGAUAAUCCUGUCAGUUCAAUUGAUUUUAGCCAUGCUGAUUCUAAACCUGUUGAAGACAUUAAGUUAAUACAGUCUGUUGAGGUAAAAGAAAGUCCUACUUUACAUGAAUAUGAUAUAAAAGCAAAUAAAGUAAAGAGCUUCAUUAAAGGGAAUCAAAAUGAAGCAGUUCAAAAUGAAUCUAAUGCAAAGGUGAUUGCUGAGGAGACAAUAAUUAAAGAAAAUGAUGAUGUUGGUGUUUUAACACAGGAGCAAGCGCUUGAGUUAGAGAGAAAAAAAAUUGAACAAUUACAAAUACAACAUAAGUUAAUUGAAGAUCAAAAUAAAAAGAAAAAAAUGCUCAUUGCUAGCACACUUCAGGAAAGGAUGAAGCAGACAAUGAGCGAGUCUCAGAAGUUAAAAGAAGUGCAGCAACAAUUAAUUCAUUUAGAUGAAAAACUGCAAAUUGACGUUGAAUCUUUACGCAAUAAAAUCGAAGAAGCAAGCUUGUUAUUUUCGCAAGCAGAAAAGCGAUAUGAGCGCUCUGAAUCUGAGUAUGUUUCAGCAAAAUGUGAUUAUUAUAAAAAAAAAGAGGAAAAGGAACAAUUAAUUGAACAACUUUAUGCUAUCAUUCAAGCUAAUGAAGAGCGCAAAGCCAAAAAACUUGAAGAGCUUAUGGUAAAGCUAGUGUCUAACACAAACCUAGAAAGUCCUACAUGUACUCUUCCAAAAACUAGCAUUUCAAAUGAAUCUAAUACAAAUGUGAUUACCUAAUGAUAUUGCAUUAUUUUA